AUGUCUCUGACUCUUUUAAAGAAGAAACUUAGGGCAUUUGAAGAAGCAGAUUACGAAAAUCCUAUUAUCUUCAUAUCUCCAGACCAUAAACCUGAUGUUCGUCUGAUGGUUUUCAAACAAGAGUUUCAUGUGCGCUCUCACAUCUUGAAGAAAGGAUCAAAUUACUUCCGCAAAUUUCUCGAUUCGCCGGAUAAGCAAAAUAAACCCGCAUCAGAAUCGGAUUUGUUCCGAUACGAUUACAGCACAGUUGUUGACGAGGAUGGCACUUGGGGCUUGGUGACUGUUACCAAGACACCUCCGUUGUUAACUGAGGAAAUGAUAUCCCGAACAAAUGAUAUAAAAGGAGAAAUUGAGGGUUUUCGACAACUCAUUUGCGCCAUGUAUUCGAGUCCCUAUACCAUCAAGGAUGUUGAAGAGCUAUCAACACUUACUCGCAUCGCAGAUUUCUACUGCGCUCUUCCAAUAGUUUCGGUGACUCUCCCCAGCGCGCUUCUUGACAGCCCUAUAUUUUCGAAACGAGAAGUUGAAGAUAUAACUGCCUGCACAAAAAAUCAGCUAGCGGAGGAUUGCAACUUUAUGAUAUUCAUCGCGCAGAAGCUUAGAAAUUCAGUUCUAUUCCGCGAGUGUCUGAUUCACAUUGCAGCCAAUUGGAAGGAUGCGGAUAAUUUCAAGUUUCAUCGCGCUCGAAACGAUGAAACUAUCCGUUGUGUAAUCAAAUUAGAAUUCUCUCAACUUGAAGAAAUGAUCAUCAGGUUGAAACAUGCACUCUGGGUCGCGGCCAUAGUGACCAAACUUUUGCCGGGUGCACCUGAACUAACACGAGUACUGGCAGCCGCUGAGAAAGAUUAUAUCUCUUUUGAACGUGAACCAAAAAAGGCAGUUACAUUCUGGAAAAACUUGAGCGCAAAAUUGGCUCACGUGGUCCGCGAUGGAGAUUUUCUUAAGUCUAAAGUAGGUUCGUUAUUGGCCAACAAUCUUGUAUUGGAUCGUACCAAUGACGGACCUGGCGAAGGCUGUUAUAAGCAUUGUUUCCUCUGUACCGAGAUCGCCGACAGUGAAUUUCCUUGGGAUACCACGGCUGUUGACUUGUAA